AUGACAUUUGUAAAGAACGAGCUGAAGAUGUUCAAGAGGAUUCUUAGUCCAGAACUCCCAGAAGGCUUUGAGAGUCAGAAGCAGGAUAAGGAAGUGGAUGCUGAAGAUGAGAAGCAGGAGAGCAGUGCCAGAGAGGGGGCUCUGAAGAUCACACUGCACGUCCUGAGGAAAAUGAACCAGAAGGAGCUUGCUGACACACUGGAGAAAAAUGAGCUUGCUGUGAUUUGCCAACGUGAACUCAAAUCUAAUCUAAAGAAGAAGUUUCAAUGUGUAUUUGAGGGGAUCGCUAAACAAGGAAACCCAACACUUCUCAAUAAGAUCUACACAGAGCUCUACAUCACAGAGGGUGGAACAGGAGAGGUCAAUAAUGAACAUGAGCUGAGACAGAUUGAGACAACAACCAGGACACAAGCAAGACCAGAGACUGCAAUCAAAUGUAAUGACAUCUUCAAACCCUUAACUGGACAAGACAAACCUAUCAGAACUGUGCUGACAAAGGGAGUCGCUGGCAUUGGAAAAACAGUCUCUGUACAGAAAUUCAUUCUGGACUGGGCUGAAGGAAAAGCAAAUCAGGAUGUUCAAUUUGUUUUUUCAUUCCCUUUUCGGGAGCUGAAUUUGAUGAAAGAGAAAAAACACACUUUGAUUGAACUUCUCUAUCACUUCUCAAUGGAAACCAAAGAAUCAAGGAUCUCCAAAUACGACAAGUACAAAAUUCUGUUCAUCUUUGAUGGUCUGGAUGAGUGCCGACUCCCCCUAGACUUCCAGAACAACAAGAUGUGUUGUGACGUCACAGAGUCAACCUCAGUGGAUGUUCUGCUGACAAAUCUCAUCAAGGGAAACCUGCUUCCCUCUGCUCUCCUCUGGAUAACUACCCGACCUGCAGCAGCCAAUAAGAUCCCUUCUGAGUGUGUUGACCAGGUGACAGAGGUACAAGGGUUCAAUGACCCACAGAAGGAGGAGUACUUCAGGAAGAGAUUCAGUGAUGAGGACCUGGCCAGCAGAAUCAUCUCACACAUAAAGACAUCAAGGAGCCUCCACAUCAUGUGCCACAUUCCAGUCUUCUGUUGGAUUUCUGCAACAGUCCUUGAACACAUGCUGAAACAUAAGAGAGAAGAGAUGCCCAAUACUCUGACUGAGAUGUACACACACCUUGUGGUGUUUCAUACCAUAAAGAAGAAUGAAAAGUAUCUUGGGAAAGAAGAGAGAGGUCCACACUGGAAUAAAGAGAGCAUUCUGUCACUGGGAAAACUGGCUUUUCAACAGCUUGUGAAUGGCAAUCUGAUUUUCUAUGAAGAAGACCUGAAAGAGGCUGGCAUUGAUGUCAAUGAAGCCUCAGUGUACUCAGGAUUGUGCACACAGAUUUUUAAAGAGGAAUGUGGGCUGUACCAGGACAAGGUGUACUGCUUCGUGCAUCUGAGCAUUCAGGAGUUUCUGGCUGCUGUAUAUGUGUUCCUCUCAUUCAGCAACAACAAUGAAAAUCUAAUGGCCGAACCUCAAACAACAUCCAGGAACGUUUAUGUGAGGAUCAGACAGAAAAUUAAAGUCACCGUCUACAAGAGUGCUGUGGAUGAAGCCUUACAAAGUGAGACGGGAAACCUGGACCUUUUCCUCCGCUUCCUUCUGGGCCUCUCACUGGAGUCCAAUCAGAAGCACUUACGAGGUCUACUGACAAAGACAAGAAGCAGCUCACAGAGCCAUGAAAAAACAGUCAAGUACAUCAAGGAGAAGAUCAGGGAGAAUCCCUCUCCAGAGAGGUGCAUCAAUCUGUUCCACUGUCUGAAUGAACUGAAUGACCAUUCUCUAGUGGAGGAGAUCCAAAGCUACCUGAGAUCAGGAAGUGUCUCCAGUGAUGAACUCUUACCUGCACAGUGGUCAGCUCUGGUCUUUGUGUUGCUGACUUCAGAAAAGGAGCUGGAUGUGUUUGACCUGAAGAAAUACUCCAGAUCAGAGGAAGGUCUUCUGAGGCUGCUGCCAGUGGUCAAAGUCUCCAGAGCUGCUCUGCUGACAGGCUGUGGGGUCACUGAGGAAGGCUGUGCUUCUCUGGCCUCUGCUCUGAGGUCAAACCCCUCACACCUGAAAGAGCUGGAUCUGAGUAACAAUGACCUGAAGGAUUCAGGAGUGAAGCUGCUCUCUGACGGACUGGGGAAUCCCCACUGUAAACUGGAGACUCUGAGGCUGUCAGGCUGUCUAGUCACAGAGGAAGGCUGUGCUUCUCUGGUCUUAGCUCUGAGGUCAAACCCCUCACAUCUGAGAGAGCUGGACCUGAGCUACAAUCACCCAGGAGACUCAGGAGUCAGACUGCUCUCUGCUGGACUGGAGGAUCCACACUGCAGACUGGAUAAACUCAAUGUGGAACAUUGUGGAGAGAACAGAAUGAAACCUGGCCUUAGAAAAUAUGUCUGUGAUCUCACACUGGACCCAAACACAGUAAACAGACUCCUCUCUCUGUCUGAGGACAACAGAAAGGUGACAUGUAGGAGACAGGAACGGCGGUAUCCUGAUCACCCAGAGAGAUUUGAGGACUGUGAACAGGUGCUGUGUAGCGAGGGUCUGACUGGGCGCUGUUACUGGGAGGUAGAGAGGAGUGGGGGAGGGGCUGUGAUGGGAGUGACAUAUAAAGGAAUCAAAAGGAGAGGAGGGGGCAUUGACUGUGGGAUUGGAUACAAUGACAAGUCCUGGAGUCUGGUCUGCUCUGACAACAGUUACAAGGCCUGUCACAAUAAUAAUCACACUACCAUAGACGUCCCGUCCUCCAGCUCCCACAGAGUAGGAGUGUAUCUGGACUGGCCAGCCGGCACUCUGUCCUUCUACAGAGCCUCCUCUGACACACUGACCCACCUGAACACAUUCUACACCACAUUCACUGAGCCCCUCUAUCCAGGGUUUAGGGUUUAUGAUGUUACCUCCUCAGUGUCCCUUUGUCAAGUGGUCACUGUGUCAAACACAACAUGAUGUUUCACUCUAAUCAUGUGUUUAAUGUUUGAUCACAAUAUGACAUUUAAAUACAUGGAGGAACACACCA